AGACGUACAUGUGUUUUCCGCCUGCUCCCUUUUAGUCAUCGUGUGCAGGGCGAACAGGAAAUGGUGUAAAACCCACAGAGCAGAUCGUGGUGGCGAAACCAGCUCUUGCUAGCUAGCGUUCCACCAACGCGUCAGCUCCGGAGUCAGCGGAGCCGUUUGGCUAGCUGGGCACUUAGCACCGGAGACACGGGACCGUCGGGCUGCGACCAGGCUCGUGCAGCAACCUAAUGACAAAAACGUGCAUAACGGCGAUAAACCUAUACGUGAGCAAUACGGGAUAGUCGCUGUAAUCGGCGCAUCCUUCUUUGAGCACGUUGUCGUUAUCAGAGCGCACAGUAGUUAACUUACAGAUGGAUGUAAAAUGGAUUAGCAGCGUUAAAUGCACGGAGAAAAAUCGAGCUUUUUUUUGUUGUUGACGGUGAACGUUGUGCCACCGGUUAAGUUAGGUGUUAGCUAUCCUUUGUGUGAGACGUUAGACUGUGGCGUUUCUCUACCAACAGUAGAUAUAUGUAACGUUAACUUAACGCUACAUGUGAGUGUGACCAACGUGAAUCAUCACCCCAACUGCCUUGGAUCGGUCGAAGGUCUUUGACAGUAUGGCAGACCAUAAUUUAAGCGUUAGGUGUAGUUAUGCUAACGCCGCCGCCGUGUUGGAGGGCACCAUGGAGGAGCUGCACAGCCUGGACCCCCGCAGACAAGAGCUGCUGGAGGCACGCUUUAUGGGCGGGGUUGGCGGUAGCACAGGAGGCAGCACUGGCAGCACAAGUGCGGGAACCAAAGGAUUGACUAAUAAUGACUGUUCAAAUCAAAGUUUUGGAAGCCUUGGAUCCUCAAGCGACAAAGAAUCAGAGGGGUCAGAUGUGAAAAGAGGCAGUUCUCCCGCUUAUUCGACCCCAGAGAAGAAACAGUCAGAAACGGCCAGAGGCAGAAAAAGGAAACCUGAGCUCCAAUCAGAGAGCAGCCAAGGGAAAUCAAUUGUCCGAGGACCCAAAAUAAGUGAUUAUUUUGAUUUCCAGGGAGGAAAUGGGUCCAGUCCUGUGAGAGGUCCCCCACCAGUGAUUCGAUCGCCCCAGAACUCACAUUCCCACCCUGCUCAGGGUAUCGCUGCUAUACAAAAUAGCUCAUCUCCUACUAGUCAGUCUUUUGGGGACCACAUGGCACUUCCAAAGCAACUAGCAGAUAGAUGUGUUCAGACUGACCUCACAGUGUUGAAGUUGGCUGCCCUUGAAAGCACAAAGAACCUGGACCUCGAGAAGAAGGAGGGGAGAAUAGAUGACUUGCUACGGGCAAACUGCGAUCUCAGGAGACAGAUAGACGAACAACAAAAAUUACUUGAAAAGUACAAGGAACGCUUGAAUAAAUGCAUCACUAUGAGCAAGAAGUUGCUCAUCGAAAAGAGCACCCAGGAGAAGCAGGCCUGUCGGGAGAAAAGCAUGCAAGAUAGACUUCGGUUAGGUCAUUUCACGACAGUGAGGCAUGGAGCGUCAUUCACAGAACAGUGGACUGACGGCUAUGCCUUCCAAAACCUUGUGAAACAGCAAGAGGGCAUAAACCAACAGAGAGAGGACAUUGAGAGGCAGCGAAAACUUCUAGUUAAGAGGAAACCUCCAUCCUCUAGCAACUCCCAAGCACCAACCACAAACUCGGAGCCAAAGCAACGCAAAACCAAGGCCGUGAAUGGAUCCGAAAAUGACCCCUUUUUAAAACCCAGCCUACCUCAGCUGCUGACACUAGCGGAGUACCAUGAACAGGAAGAGAUCUUCAAACUGCGACUUGGACAUCUCAAGAAGGAAGAAGCUGAGAUCCAGGCAGAGCUGGAGCGUCUGGAGAGAGUGCGCAACCUUCACAUUCGGGAGCUGAAGAGAAUAAAUAAUGAAGACAGUUCACAAUUUAAAGAUCAUCCCACGUUGAAUGAACGAUAUCUGCUCCUACACCUUCUAGGAAGAGGGGGCUUUAGUGAAGUUUACAAGGCUUUUGACUUGACUGAGCAACGAUAUGCUGCUGUCAAAAUCCAUCAACUUAACAAGAACUGGAGAGAAGAGAAAAAGGAGAACUAUCACAAACAUGCAUGCCGAGAGUACAGAAUACACAAGGAGCUGGACCACCCCAGAAUCGUGAAACUUUAUGACUACUUCUCACUGGACACAGACACGUUUUGCACUGUCAUGGAGUACUGCGAAGGCAACGACUUGGAUUUUUACUUGAAACAGCAUAAGCUAAUGUCUGAGAAGGAGGCACGGUCUAUAGUCAUGCAGAUUGUGAACGCAUUAAGAUACCUGAACGAUAUCAAACCACCCAUCAUCCAUUACGACCUUAAGCCAGGCAAUAUCUUGUUGGUGGAUGGGACAGCCUGUGGGGAAAUCAAAAUCACUGACUUCGGUCUGUCAAAAAUCAUGGAUGAUGACAACUAUGGCGUGGAUGGGAUGGAUCUGACAUCUCAGGGUGCUGGGACCUAUUGGUACUUGCCUCCUGAAUGUUUUGUGGUUGGCAAAGAACCUCCAAAGAUCUCCAAUAAGGUGGACGUGUGGUCUGUCGGUGUUAUCUUUUUUCAGUGUCUGUUUGGCAGGAAGCCCUUUGGCCACAAUCAGUCACAGCAGGACAUCCUGCAGGAGAACACCAUACUGAAAGCUACAGAUGUCCAGUUCCCUGUCAAGCCUGUUUCCAGUAAUGAAGCAAAGGCCUUCAUAAGGCGGUGCUUGGCAUACAGGAAAGAGGACCGGAUCGACGUUCACCAGAUGGGAAGUGACCCGUACCUGCUCCCUCACAUGCGAAGGUCAAGCUCCUCGGGAACUCUGCAGAUAAAUGCUGCUGGCUCAGGACCGGCCUCCUCCAGUAUCAUCUCAUACUGACGGCAUCGUAACUGUGACGAAAAGACAAACUGGCUCUGUUGCUUCCAAACCCGGAGAGCUUCUCUGAGUGGGAGAAAAACUUGCGCCAGGCUGCUACUUGUUUACCAGGGCUUGAUCAGUGAGGGGAUGUUUUUAAAAGGACAUGGGUGAAAGGAUCUUUUCCGGGUCCGAUUAAAGCACUGAUACUGACGACGUACCUUGAAGAACAUGUGACUGGAUGCUCCGGUCAGAUGUUGCAAAUGGAAAAGGCUUAAAGGGCCGAAGGGACACUUGGCAGCCCACCGUUUAGAUUAAAUAACAUUGUCCUGCAAGGGUGCAAAUGAUUCAGCUGCUAGAAGUUAAUUUACUGGUGAGGAGGGGACGGUCGUCUUUAUGUAGAACUACAAAGAUUUCACGAAUGAUUUGGCUCAAUGUUUUGUUUAUCCACAAAUCUUAGGCUUUAAUUUGAGUUACUUAGCCAUGAGAAUGUAAUGUGUGGCAUCUAGUGACAUGUAGGUUGGGACAGCGUACUUACGUUUAAUGCACAAGUAACCAAAUGUAGAAACAUGACAAUGUAUAAACUCCUAUGCAGGAAUAUUAAUUAAUAGAUAAUUGGAAAAUGUAUAUGUUGUACAGGUGAAUUUAAAAACUGUAACAGCAAUGUGUACAAAAAGUUAGAAUUUCCCCAUGCAAACUAGUUUUUCAUUUUGCUGCUUUGUUGCUCUUAUUUUUUCAAGGGCUGUAUGUUCCACUUUGGGUACAAAUUGUACAGUUCUGCUAAGUGAAUAAUAAAUACCAGGAAAAGUU